GCUGGAGAAAGUGGUCGUCGAUUUAGUCAUUCUUUUUCGAAGUCCACCCCCCAAUUUCCAUGGCAUUAUUGAGGUUGCUGGAUGUGGUAUAGCUCUAGCUCGCGAUCGCUAUCAAGCCCAGAUUUGGUGUUGAAGUCCCGGGUACAAGUCCCCACUGAUGAUGAGUUCACCUUCUCAACCCAGGUGUUGUGGAUGAACUCCCCCGGUACGGUACUGUAUCGUGUAGUGGCCCAAGGCUUGGGAGCCAGGAGGAAGCUUUUGCCGCUCAGACUAUCAACUUCAAGUUCCUGGAAACCCCCCUUGAGCUUCUUCCUAUCAAGCACUCAUAUAAGAGAGGGUAUUCCCCGAUGAUUCUGUCUUAACCAAGCUGCCAGUCAGACCAAAGUUUCACAUAACUCAGCUCUCUUCAAAAAUGGUUGCCCUUAAUUUUGGCCUCUCGGUUGCGGCGUUGGUAUCGUUUGUUUCGGCCCAGGCUACUGGAGGCGACUUUAACAUUCUAGCUUUCAAUGUUGCGGGUCUUCCUGCAAUUCUGAAUGGCAAUGAGGUACCUGGUGAUAAAGCUACGAACGCUGGAACCAUUGGAACUUUGUUUACGAAGUAUGAUUACGACAUAAUCAACAUGCAAGAAGGUAAUAUUUCAAAACUUUACAAGGAAUUUCACAAAACUAACCUUGAUGGGUAGAUUUCGCUUUCCAUUCUUAUAUCUAUGCAACAGACAAACACCCUUUCCGAACCCCAACCUCGGGGACUGUAGUGGUUGGUUCUGGACUGAAUACGAUUUCAAAUUUUAACUGGGUCGACUUCAGAAGAGAGAAAUGGGAUACUUGCUCCAAUGCCUCCGGAGCAGAUUGUUUGACUCCAAAGGGUUUUACAUUCAUGCGUGUAGCGGUAUCGGAAGGUGUCUAUGUUGAUAUGUAUAACCUACAUACCGACGCUGGGUUCAUAAAUUCCCAUUCUCUUCUCUAAACACUUCCUAACUGUUCCACCUAGAACUGAGAGUUCCGAUUUAACUGCACGUGCUGCAAAUCUCAAACAAGUAGCAGAUUACAUCGACACUUGGUCAAGUGGUAACUCAGUUAUUGUCUAUGGAGACACCAACUCUCGCUACACCCGGAUACCUGACAAGAUCACCGUCUUCAGAACCCAAAACGGCAUGACUGAUGCUUUCGUUGAACUCAUGCGAGGAGGCGUAGAGCCAACUGUUGAGACCAUUUGCACCAACCCACCUACCGUCCGCGAUUGCGAGACCGUCGACAAAGUCUUCUACCGUGGAUCCAAGCAGCUUUCCAUGACUGGUACCUACUUCAACUACGAAUCCAGCAAAUUUCUGCAAGCCGAUGGUUCAAUCCUCAGUGACCACAACCCCAUCACCGUCAACUUCACCUGGUCGGCAAACCCCACACGUCGCCAAUCGCCCUUCUUCGGAGGACCACAUGGAACCUGGUUCAACGACCUGGAAGCCCUCCCAGAGUCCCCACGCGCAACCGUCAUCACAUUCCGCGGGGGCGACCGCGUCGAUUCCGUUUCUUUGGCACUCGCAUCAGGGCAAAGCUUCACGCACGGUGGAACCGGGGGUACGAGCAGGAGUCUCGUUCUCAACUCAGGCGAGUACUGGAGUUCCGCACGUCUCUGCCAAGGACAGAAGAGCGGACAGACGAGAAUCUUUUCCAUCACUGCUACGACGAGUACGGGACGAACACUCUCUUCCGGCGAGAGUACGUCUGACUGCGUGACUUAUUCUACGCCUGCUGGGUGGGGUAUCGUUGGGUAUCUUGGUCAGGAUGGGGAUGAGAUUGAUCAAUUAGCUUUCCUUUAUGCGCCUUACUGA